AUGAAGUACGAUGGCAAUGCCUUGACAGCAGAAGAAAACAAGCAUGCCCCACAGAAUUUCGCAUGCGUGAAAUCAUUCUACGAUUUUGAUUUUUGUUACUACAACUUAUUUUUCUUCAGUGUAGCGUCUGCAGAACAUCCAUGCUUCUUGUCCAAUCCUCUCCGCGGAGAAGUUCUAAAGCUCCCAGUAAAUGAAUUUCUUAGAGAGAAUAUUGUUUAUCGAUAUGGUUCAUAUGGUAUGGGAUUUGAUACUAUAACCAACAACCACAAGAUUAUUUGUGUGACAUCAAGUGUCUCUGAAGACGACCUAGAGGCUCGAGUUCUUGUAUUGGGCACAAGCUCAUGGAAGGAGAUACCCUCUUUGCCUCCAUGCUAUUUAGGUCAAGACAAGAUAUGUGCACAUGGAGAUAUGCAUUGGUUAAGUGACAGUGAAAGGUUCUGCAGGCAGAUCAUUUCUUUCGACUUCACGAAAGAGGAGUUCUAUUUGACUCCCCUUCCCACCUCAAUACCUUCGGAUGUUCUUCCUUACAUCCACUUACUAACUUGGAGAGGAUCUAUUGCCAUUGCGUACGCUUCAUAUUUGGACAUGUCUAUUAAGAUUUGGGUGUUGAAAAAUUACGAGACCAAAGAGUGGGCAUCUGCACCAGAUCACUCCAUCAGCAUCGGUACUUAUGUAGCAACCAAAAGGUACGGAUUUUGGCCUCGAUUAUUUGCUCAUGAAUGGGAACAUGGCAUAUUUUUCAUGGAUGAGCUUGGUGAGAACAUGUUCUUUUCGGAUCUAAGAGGAGGUUGCAACAAGUUCCCAACUGGUAGUUGUUCUCGGAAGCAUGCAUAUGUGGAGAUCGUCGGCUAUGCUUGGAGCUUCAUGUCUUUGAAACAUUAUGGACAACUGGAAGUAGAAGAUGUAGCAGAAGUAGAGAAAUUCGUGGGUGCUUCGAUCCACGAGUACCAAAACGAAACCUUUAUUCGUCGUUCCAAUUCAUUCUUCUUCCAUGGCGGAAGUGAGGGUCUCUAUGCGUCCAGACUUCACUCUCAUAAUGAGAAGCUCGCUUCUGAAGACAAGAUCAUUGAUGGCAAGUCCUUUAUCAGGUUUGAAUCGAUCACCUUUCGACGGACCAAGGAAUCUGCUGAAAUGAAGAAUGAGAUGCAGCAGAGGACCGGCUUGGUUGAGGCUAUAGUGCUUGAGGUUAGAGACAGGGAGAAGAUUGGGGGGUCUUAUUUGAACUCUGAGGCCAUAUGCUGUACACCUCAGCUUUCCAAGGAUGGUUCUUGCAAGGUGGGGGAGGUUAUCAUACAACAAAAUCCUGACAACCCUGAUGGGCCAAAAAGGAUGCAGACCUUCUUUGAGGGGAAAAAUGAAGAGACUAAUAUGGACCUUCAGACUAUUGAGAUCAACAGCACUGGAAUGUACUAUCUUUAUUUCAUGUUUUGUGAUCCAGAACUUGUUGGCACAUCAAUCAGUGGAAGAACUGUUUGGAGAAACCCGGAUGGUUAUUUACCUGGAAAGAUGGCGCCGCUAAUGACAUUUUUCGGCCUUGUGUCUUUAGCUUACCUUGUUCUUGGUCUUUUCUGGUUUCUCCGCUUUGGGCAGUAUUGGAAAGACAUAAUACAGUUGCACUAUCACAUUAGUGCUGUUAUUGGUCUUGGAAUGUGUGAGAUGGCUCUAUGGUAUUUUGAGUAUGCAAAUUUUAAUUCUACCGGAACCAGGCCAAUGGGAAUUACCAUAUGGGCAGUGAGCUUUGGUGCUGUCAAAAAAACUGUUUCCCGGCUUCUUCUUCUGGUGGUUUCAAUGGGGUAUGGUGUUGUGCGGCCAACCCUUGGUGGCAUAACCUCGAAAGUACUACUCCUUGGUGUGAUAUACUUUGUAGCCUCAGAAGCACUUGAGCUUGUUGAGCAUUUGGGAAAUAUCAAUGACUUCUCUGGAAAAACAAGGCUUUUUCUGGUGCUACCGGUUGCUCUAUUGGAUGCCUGUUUUAUUCUUUGGAUCUUUUCAUCAUUGUCGAAAACUUUGGAGAAGCUUCAGAUUCGAAGAAGCAUGGCCAAACUUGAGCUCUACCGAAAGUUUACCAAUGCCCUUGCAGUAUCAGUGUUGGUGUCUGUUGCUUGGAUUGGUUAUGAGUUGUAUUUCAAUGCAAGUGAUCCAUUGAGUGAACUGUGGCGACGAGCCUGGAUCAUCUCAGCUUUCUGGGUUUUGCUUGCAUACUUACUGUUGGUAGUGAUAUGUGUUCUCUGGGCUCCAUCUCAGAACCCUACCGGAUAUGCAUACUCCGAGGAGACUGUGGAUGACUUCGAUGAGGAGGCUAUCUCGCUCACUGGAGGAAGUGGAGUUAAGGUGACCGGCAUUGACUUGGCAAGCAAGCUAGAAAGAAAGGAAAGAAAGCUAUCAUUUUCAGCAGAUCAUUUGUUUCUUGGGGAAGAUGAGGAGGAUAAGAGAGAGUAG